AUGGGUUCCAAUGGGACUGGUACCAAGAUCCUGCUUCUUGGAGAUAUCGAUCACGCGCAUAAGACUUGGGAUGCCCUGAGCGACGUCGGCGAACUGGUGAAGACAAGAGCAAGCAAUCGCACCGAAUUCCUACAGGAAUGUCGCGAGGGCAGAUACGACGGCGUUGUCGCCAUCUACCGCACCUUCCACUCCAUUUCCAUCACUGGCUUAAUUGACGAAGAGCUAGUGAAUGCGCUACCAAGCUCAUUGAAAUACAUGGCACACUGUGGAGCCGGCUAUGACAUGAUCGAUGUCCACGCCUGCACCGCUCGCAACCCUCCCAUCCGAGUUUCCAACGUCCCCACCGCAGUGGACGAUGCCACUGCCGAUGUAAACAUUUUCCUUAUUCUUGGCGCUCUUCGUAACUUCAAUGGUGGCAUGCAUUCCCUGCGCGAGGGCAAAUUCAUUGGCCAGACCCCCGUUGGUCAUGAUCCCCGAGGCAAGGUUCUGGGAAUUUUGGGAAUGGGUGGUAUUGGACGUAAUCUGAAGAAGAAGGCCGAGGCUUUCGGUAUGAAGGUUAUUUACCAUAACAGACGCCAGUUGAGUGAGGAGCUUUCGGGUGGAGCUCAAUAUGUGACUUUUGAUGAGUUGCUCGCGACCAGUGACGUGCUCAGCUUGAAUCUGCCGUUGAAUAAAAACACACGUCACAUUAUUAGCAAGGCGGAGUUUGCUAAGAUGAAGGAUGGCGUGGUUGUUGUUAACACUGCCCGUGGGGCGGUUAUGGAUGAGGCCGCCCUUGUUGAGGCUCUUGACAGCGGCAAGGUAUUCUCUGCUGGUCUUGACGUUUUCGAGGAGGAACCGAAGAUUCACCCCGGACUGAUGAACAACCAUAAUGUGAUUUUGGUGCCUCAUAUGGGUACUUGGACAGUCGAGACUAUGACUUCAAUGGAAGUAUGGGCUAUUGAGAAUAUUCGUCAGGCUCUUGAGACUGGAAAGCUCAAGAGCCCUGUCCCCGAGCAAGCUGAUAUGUAA